GAAGGCGAUCAGAAGGCUGCGUUGUUUCCACUGUCCGGCACACUGGCACUACUACCACAGGAUGAUCUCCCGGGUAACUUGUAUGCGCGCUCACUUUGCCUUCAACUACGAGACUUUUCUUCUGCAUCUAAGAAAUCAAUAUUCUGAGCCCUCAUAGCCGUCACUGAUCACAUCUUCAUCAUAUGGCUCAAACUGCAAGUCCUCUCUAUGUGAACGACCACCCUGCCCGAGUCCAGCAUGCCCCCGACGCCCGGCGAGCUCGAGGACUGGUGGCUCAACCAAGGCCGCCUCGCGCUUCAAGAACUGCUCAACUGUUCGACACUGAGCCUCACGAGCCGUGAAGUCGGCUACGCUCAAGCUGUGCAGCGAAGACUGCGCGCCUUUGACGGCAAUGCUGUGCUACAUGAUCAGCUGCGAGCAGACUGGGAAGCGGCACACGCAACCAACGAGAUCCGCCACGAUGUGAAUCCGCGCAAGAAACUGCGAGAUGCCUGCCACCUUGUCUUCCGCCGAACAGACGAUGGAGGCAUUGACUAUGAUUGCGCCCUGGAGGGAUUGGGCUGGCUUGACAAGGCUGAGAGUCACCGCCAGCGCCUUCUCGCAUCAACAAGGGAAGCCAUGGCCAUAGAGUCAACUGUUGGUGAAAUUCGCGAGAGGAUAAUUUCAGAACUCCAGAUUACUACUUCUAAACGCUAUACCCAGUUCUACCUUGGAUUUCGCGCCUCCGUGCUUAUGCAAAACCUCGAGCAGAGUGCGCAAGGCUGUGUCGAUCUCAUAAAAACAAUGGCACUCCUCAACUCACUGUUCCCUUCAGUUACACAACUGGAGGAUGGUGUUGACGUUGCGCCCUCGCCCUGUUCCGCUGGCCUUUGCGAGAGCAUCCGCUUCACCAUCUUUCGCUACAUCCUCUCCCCCGAUGCAUUUUCCGCCAACAAGCUUAAAGAUAUCCGGAUCAAGCUCGUCAGCUGGUGCGGCAUGCCUGACUACGAACACGCCCGACAGAAUCUUGUCCGAUAUGUGGAAGAAACCAAGAAACUGGAAGAUGCGUGCUUCGAGGCCCUCGACGCUAUAGAGAAGCGCACAAAGACAUUGUCUGGAUCUAUUCGCACCACGUCAGAUGGCACGUCCUUGGUAUCCAUUCACUGUCCACACGACUCCGUGGACAGUGCCAAUCAGUCCUUCAUGGUCUCACCGGCCCCUCCAGUGCCCAAUGCCCUCCUCUUGGGGUUUUCUGGACGCGAGUUCCUCGCUGCAGAGACCGACCCCUGGGCCUUUGGCGUUGGCAAGGGCAAGCGGGAGUCCUGUCGACCGCUGUCACAGUGUGGCUUCGACGAGCACCCUCUAGCCCGCGAGCUGGACUUGACAUCCGCCGAGAAAGCGGCCCUCGGCCUCUUGAUCCCCAGAGCAGCGCCCUGUCAGAACACAAGCCCCAAGAAAACCCCCUUUCUUUCCAACAACCCUUCAGCAGCAGCAUCGAUACCCCCCAUCCCUCCCAUUCCCGAGUCAUUCCUGGAGCAGGGCAAAGUCUGGCAGAGACUCGCGCGCCGUAUACGCUCCAGGACGGACAUGCGAAGUGCAAGCGCCAGUGCCCAGCGCCAGCCCGUGCUCAAAUCGCAGAUAUCCGACCCUGCCUACAUCUCGAAGCGACGCACGCCUAGCCACGACAGUACGCCAAGUACACCCACGAACCCCUCGCCAUCGUACCGAACAUCGACACUAUCGCAGCAGUCCGAGCAGCGCAAUGUACGCUAUGGCCUCGCGCAGCCGCGCAUCUCGCCCUUGGAGUAUACACGCAUGUGGUUGUUGGAAAAGGUCAACGCUGCCAACGAGAACAGACCUUGCCAACUGCCCGCACCUGAGAAGGUUUGGCGCUGGACGGCUGGGUGGGAGAAGUUUCUCGUCCUUCCUGUUAUCCCUUCAUCUAUCAACCGGAUCCCCAGUAUCCUCGGCCCAUCCAAACGACAGAGAUCUAGCGACCCUCCUAAGGACAAGGUACCUGCUCAACUGUCGGAUCCAAGCUGUCCGCGCCUGUCCUUGAAUCUGGGCGCGCUUACCUCCCUUUUCCCGUCCACGAAUAAUCUGAUGGCUGUAGGGGAGUCACGCACUCCUGCUACGUCUCACUCGGCAGAUAUACCGUCAUCUUCAGAAAUCGAUGCUGCACCACCGAGAACAACGUCCAGUGACGGGUUUCCCCGUAACCAGAUUCGUAACUCGGCUGUCAUGGCCAGCAAAGGUCAUCGCAAAUCCAUGUCAACCGGUAGCAUUCUCACUGGAUCUGCCGAAGAGACUCUCCAUCUGCCUUCCAUUUUGUCUGGGGCCAUCGACCCAGGCGAUGCGUCGUCUAUGUACUCUCAAGACAGCCAGGAGACAGUCAUCCCGCCAAAAGACAUCGCCUACAGCAAGUCAAGUCCCGAGAAACUAGAAGAAGGCACUGAAAAUCACACCAUGGCCUACAGUCCCGGUUCGCUACAGGCGGAGGACGCUGCCAUGGAUACACCUAUGACCGGCUUCCCACUUGCUGCCAGCCGCGAAACCCUCACACGCAACGUACUGGACGGCGCCGAUGACUUCUUGAAUCCAGAAAGCGCUCACAAAACUCAGCUGACAGCGGCAUACUCUGCGCGGUCCAUGAUUGCUGAGUUGCAGCCGGCACCUCUACGACUCCCGUCCAGGUCGGACAAAAAGCCAACCUCAAGAGCAAACACCCCCGAGUCUACAACACCAGUUCUUUGUCCCUCUACGUCCAGCAUCCGUUCUGUGGAAUCUACUUCAGACACCACUGUCGAGAGCACGGCGGCCAACGAGCCGUCAGGCUUCACGCCGACCAAGGUUACCGAGCGCAGCCGCGAACCCCAGCACUCACCCACGAUCCCAGACUACGAGCCACGCUUCAAAAUCUGUAGAUCUACGCCCAGCGAGGAACGCCCCGCGACCCCAGACUCUUGCCAUGCGCCACGUAAUAGCUGCGACCGAAGCUCUUUCCUGCUUGAGCGCACCAAAGGCCGCGACGCCAUGACGAUCCUCCCUCGAUCGGACGCGCAGUACUUUGCCGACACGCGAGCGCCGAGUACCCAGCACCCGACGCCUGGCCGUCCUAAACACGUCCCCAUCAUGACUGCCUACUCAACCCUGCCGUCAAACAUGACAACGCGCGAGCGCCUAUCUCAGGCUGCUCCGCAUAACCCUCCUACUCCCCCUCGUGAGCCGCGCACACCAUCGUACACCUUUGGCAACCUCUUUCGUCGACGCAACCGCCCCAAGACACCGACCACCCCUUCGACGCACUACAAGCCGUUCGAGGACGUCCCAGAGGGUGGCUCCCUGCGCCGUCGUAAUUGCACCUUCUCCCAGAGCAGCGUGCACCCUGGCCAUCGCGAGUCACUCUACGAUGUCCGUCGUGCCCUGGAUGAGAACCCCGUGCCACCACUGCCACCAACGUCAACGUACAAGGGGAAGAAGCCCGAGGGCCUCAAAUUGGACACGGGGAGGAAACGACUUCGCAAGCCGCAGAGCAUGGAGUUGUUGAACAAGAUGAGCAACGGGGGGUUGAGGGUAGCAUUUCGACGCGGUUGA